AUGACACUUAAACGAUAUAUUCUCUCGUCUUUAUUGAAUUAUUUAUACGAUAAUAUUAAACCUUCUCCAAAUCCCAAUCCAAAUCGUGCGCCUCCUCGUAACCCAACACCUCGUUCACAACCAGCUCCGAAUCUACCCUAUCCAAGCGGCGGAACUGUAGUAAAUGUAGGCGCAAUAGCUGCAGUAAGCUACAUUGUACAAGGAAAGGAUAUGCCUAAUCUAAUACCAACGAAAGAAAAAAUUCGUCAAAUGUUGAAUGAUGCAAAUAUUUAUGGCAUGUAUCAAGCUGGAUCUUAUUAUAGGAAACAAAGAAUCCAAUGGCUGUCGUAUCAAAAAUUGGCAUCUUGUCGAUCGAUUAAUUCUGUGAUUGAUAUAAUAUGUGGUGAAGUUCGAAAUAAAUUAAGUGAUCUAUUUAAUAAAUUUUCAAAUCCUAUUACAUUUGAAUGGGUUAUUAUGAUCGAUAAUAGUGGUUCAAUGAGUAUUUAUGACAAUUAUAUUCAUGAAGCUAUGAUUAGUAUACUGGAAACGUUGCGAAAACUCGAGUGUCGUGUAGCCGUUGGAAGAUUUGGCAAUCGUAGUGAAGGCAGUCAAGUCAUUUUAAAAUCAUUCGAUCAACCAUCGACAUUUCAUCUUGGUCAGAUGGUAUUAGAAGGAUUAACAUUUUGCGAGAGUUCUCAUAUUCCAAUUGGUAUUACAGCAAUAGCUGUUUAUACAUGGGGUCAUUCAAACACAACUUCAGCAAACAAUGCCAAGCGCAUAGUAUUAGUUAUAGCAUAUGCUCUAUCAACAGAAAUACGUGAAGAUAAAGAUCAAUUUACUGAAAGAAAAAAGCGUGAUCAAAUGAAGGAUCUCGAUUCUUCACUAAAGCAAGUUUCUGACAAUUUAUGUCUAUCAAUCGAUCCAUCUGAUGCUUCUCUAAAAAGUUUAAGUAGUUCGACAUCAAGUUUACUUAUCUCAGCACUUCAGAAAAUGAUUCAGUUAAUACAUAGUUCAUCAACAUCAACGUUAAGUCGAGUUACUAAUAACAACGAGAACUUAAAAAAUGAAGGAAAAUCAAUUUUGUUUUGCUUGAAAACGAAAAACCUGAUUGAUUAUACGUGGCCAGUAGAAAAAUCAUUGAAACCAACAAUAUAUGAAGAUGCAUUAGAAAAUGAUGGAUCUGGUUCGAUAGCAACAUCUUUAUGUUAUGUAAGUACACCGACAAAUACAUUACCUUAUGAAGAUGAUACAAUAAACUCAAUGCAACAAGAAAAUAAAUAG